UGGUAGUGAGCAAGUGAAAUAGAAACAUGGCAUUUGUUAGCUUUUUGAUCCCCUGCUUUGUGAUCGGCACUGAUAUCGCUUACUCUUGCCAGAAUACUGAUGAUUUUGUGGGUGCCAGUUCUCCGGGGGACAUUGUUAUUGGAGGCUUGUUUGCAGUUCACAGUGAAAUGCUGCGUCCAGAAGAAUAUCCCAUCAAGCCAGUAAUUCAGAAUUGCGCUGGCUUCGAAAUUCAAAUUUUUCUUCAGACACUUGCAAUGAUACAUGCUAUUGAAACGAUCAACAAUUCAACGCUGUUAUCUGGAGUUACUCUGGGCUACGAAAUCUAUGACACGUGUGCAGAAGUUACAAAAGCCAUGGCGUCUGCCCUGAGGUUUCUGCCUAAAUUCAAUUCUUCUGAGGAUGUUGUAGAGUUCAAGUGUAACUACUCAGACUACGUCCCAAGAAUUAAGGCAGUCACUGGAGCCAGCUACUCGGAGGAGUCGAUGGCAGUUUCAAGGCUGUUGGCUUUGCAAUUAAUCCCACAGGUCAGUCCUGCAUCAUCAGCUGAAAUCCUCAGUGACAAAAUCCGGUUUCCUUCUUUCUUCAGGACUAUCCCCAGUGAUUUUCAUCAGACAAGAGCGAUGGCCCACUUGAUCUGUGAGUCUGGGUGGAACUGGAUUGGAGUAAUAGCCACUGAUGAUGACAACGGGCGGUUCGCUCUGGAGAGCUUUGGGGUCCAGGCCAUGGCAAACAACGUUUGCAUAGCUUUUAAAGAAAUGCUGCCCGCCUAUCUCUCUGACAACACCUUUCACACCAAAGUUGAUCACGCAAUUGAGAAGAUUGUCAAGGAAACUAGAGUAAAUGUUAUUGUUGUUUUUAUGAGACAGUUCCAUGUGCUUAAACUAUUUAAGAAGGCAAUUGAGAGGAAUGUAAGAAAAAUCUGGAUUGCAAGUGAUAACUGGUCAGCUGCAGUGAAAAUCAGUACAAUUCCCAAUAUCAGACAGCUGGGAACCAUUGUUGGAUUUGGAUUUAAAAGCGGAGAUGUCUCCACAUUCCAAGACUUUUUGAGAAACCUUCAUGAAAAGCCCACUGACAACAACAAAUUUCUACGUGAAUAUGUUAUGCUUUUGUCAGUCUGUGCACACCUGGAAUAUCAUGAUUUUCAAAUGUGCAUUUCAAACCAGUCCCAGGACGAUCUAUUGGAAAAUGUUGAGAACAAACAUCAGAUCUGGAGAGAUGAUUUUUUGAAUGCUAACGUUGAAUCAGGAUUUAUCCAUAGUACUAUACUUGCAGUCUAUGCCAUUGCUCACGCCAUUAAAGGGCAAUGCAAAGACAGAAACUGCAAGGAUCCCUCUGCCUUCACUCCCUGGGAGCUCCUUGAAGAACUUAAAAAAGUUACAGUCACUGAUGAUGAUAAAGAAAUAAAGUUUGACUCCAAUGGAGAUAUGAGCACCAGUUACGAUGUACUUCUUUGGGAAGAAAUUGAUGGCCACAUGGAAAUCACCACUAUGGCAGAAUAUGACCCAGAGAAAGGGGACUUCAUCUUUGAAGAUGAGGAAAAAAAAAAACAAUUUCUAGAUUUAAAGAAGGUUCAAUCAACAUGCUCCCAGCACUGCAGGCCAGGACAGAUGAAAAAGGUUACAGAAAGUCCACACACAUGCUGCUAUGAAUGUGUUUACUGCCCAGAAAACCAUUACAGCAAUCAAACAGAUAUGGAUUACUGCUACCGAUGUAACAACAAAACCUACUGGGCUCCAGUUAACAGUACCACGUGCUACAGAAAGACAAUCCAUUUCCUUGCCUGGACUGACUGGUUUGCUAUUUUCCUCCUCCUCCUCUCUGCUUUUGGGGUCGUGUUGGUUUUGUCAAUUAGUGUAAUAUUUACUAAAAACUUGAACACGCCGGUCGUAAAGGCAUCUGGAGGUCUAACCGUCUGCUAUAUUAUUCUCUUCAGCCACUUCUUAAUCUUUUUAAGCACUGUCUUCUUCAUAGAUGAACCCACAGAAUUCAAGUGUAAAACUAGGCAAGCCCUCUUUGGCAUAAGUUUUGCGCUCUGCAUUUCAUGUAUUUUAAUAAAGUCACUAAAAAUUUUACUAGCCUUCAGCUUUGAUCCCAAGCUGCAGAAUUUCCUGAAAUGUGUAUAUAAACCUGUUCCCACUGUGGUCACCUGCACUGGAAUUCAAGUUAUCAUUUGCACCUUCUGGCUAAUAUUUAGGACGCCUUUUGUAAAGCAAAAUUUCUCAAUCCCAAGAGCAAUAAUUCUGGAGUGCAAUGAGGGCUCCAUUGUGGCUUUUGGGAUUAUGUUGGGCUACAUCGCUGCCCUAGCUUUCAUUUGCUUCAUAUUUGCCUUUAAAGGUAGGAAGUUACCAGAGAACUACAACGAAGCUAAAUUCAUCACCUUUGGCAUGCUAAUUUACUUUAUAGCAUGGAUCGUAUUUAUCCCUGUCUAUGCAACUACAUUUGGCAAAUACCUGCCGGCAGUGGAAAUCAUCGUUGUGUUAAUAUCCAAUUAUGGAAUCCUCUGCUGCACUUUUCUUCCAAAGUGCUAUAUCAUCAUUUACAAGCAAGAAACAAACACAAAAUCUGCCUUUCUCAAAAUGAUUUACACAUAUUCCUCCAAGAGCGCAGGCAGCGUUGCUGUUAGUCAGAUUUCUUUGGAUUCAAAGUCUUCCAGCUCCCGAGCUACUAUCUCAGAUUCGUGUAAAUCUGAGAAAAACUCUGUGAAUGGAAACUGCCAUUUCCAGGUGCCUGGGCAGAGACUAAUAAAAGGGAAAGUUCUUCCUAAAAAUACUGCAAGGACUCCAGCAAGGAAAAGACUCUCCAGCAUAUGACUGAGCAGCGUUAAAGCACUAGAAGAUGAAAAGCCAUCUUUGGGAGCCAUUUCUCCUUCAGGUCUCUCUCCUUUUGGCAUCCCCAAAGAGAGCAGGCCACACAAAAUGCCUUCUCCUUCAGUACUUACUUAGGCAGUUAUCCAUUACCAGAUUUCCAAGGCUCUUCUUGCUCACAGAGUCCAUUCCUGCUCCUGCGGGCACCCCAAGGUGCAGUCCCCUACAGCAGCUCCCCUCCAUCCCCAGUCCACUCUUAUAGACCUGCAGGAACCUCAUCCACAAUCUCAAUUCCCUGAGUGAGGCAGAAGCAUCAGGAAAUUACUUCUCACAGACAUGUAGGCAGGAACAUAUGGAUUUACCUCACUUUUUUUUGCAUCUUUGAUGCUCAAUUGUUUAAGAAGCUCUUCUCACCUGGCCUUGUUUUACAGAUCAAACAGAACCCUCUCCCAGCCUUUGUUUGCUAGGACAAACAAGCCCAGUCCGUUAGUCUCCACUUUUAAGACAGGCUUUCCAUUCUCCUGAACAUCUAAAAGCAACCCUUUUCACCUGGUAUCGUGAAUCUUUUUUUUUUUUUUCCUCCCCAAAAUUGCACACCUUAUUGCAGACAAGUGCUGCAGUAACUUUUAAAGUUUCUUGUAUUUCCCAGGAUGAUGAUGAACUAGAGACAGGUCUAUUUAAAAAUUUAAGAAUUUCUCUGGAGCUCUGUAGUUAUACGUAUGUCCAUCUACUUUUUCCCCCAUACUCAGAGGAAAUACACUAAUUCACUUCAUGCACCUCCUCUGAUGUGUAAGGAAAGAGGACCCACCUAUCCCCAUGUGUCCUCUCAGUUGAGGAUGUAAUGUCAAAACUUAUAAAAUUAAUUGAUUCCUCUCAUUAGCAUAAAUAAUCUAAUGACAAAGAUUGGCAUGAGCGCAUCCUGGGAAUUUUAGCUUUUUUGAUACAUAUUUUAAAAAUCUGAUUUUCAACAAGAAGAUGACAAUGCACCAUUCCAAUAUGUUGAAAUGGCACAAGACUGAACCGAUACGAGCUGCGCUGGAUGAGUCUCCACUCGGUAGCUCCAUCAGUACAGCUGUGCUUUGCCUUCUGUAUGUGAGGCAAAAGGCACAGUCAGAGAAGGAGGAAUUUCUCUGUCAGGACAAUGAUACCACAGAACUUUUUCAAACUCUAAACAGCAGAGUUACGUUGCCAGUCCAGGACCAUGAAAAAUACUGUUCAUAAAGCCCGGGCCAUAGAAAUUUUGCUAUUACAACUUCUGUGCCACGUUACUGUGAAAUAAUAGUAAAUUCCUUGAGUUUUGUUCAUGUGCCUGUUUAGAUCUGGAACAACUGGAUGUUGUGACAGGCCAAAAUAAAGUUCAGUAGAUUUGGUGUUACAUAGGCGUAUUGUAUUAUUGUUAUGUACAAUACGUCUAUUUUUCUAUCAUAUCUAUGUUGAAACCCUUAUCCAUAUGAUUUUUCUAUGCAUAUUUUGUUAAAUACAGCUAUAAAUCACAUUUCAACAAUGGACAUGGAAUGAAAUUACUGUGACAUGUAGACUAUAUAUAUGGUAUAUAUCUGUGAAGGCAUUUUUAAAGUAAUUUGAAUGGCAAGGGUGCAAUUUACAUACCUAUUUGAGUAAUUAUGUUAAGUUCUGUAGCUGGUUGGAAGAAUGAAGGUUUACGCACAUAUAUUUAUAUGAUGAAUGCUGUUCAUACAUCGGUUGUUGCAAAUCCUGUUCUGAAUAGGAAGUUGUGUAUGACAAGGUUAAAAUUCCUGCAAUUUGACUGCCAGUGCAACAAGAAGUGUCUCCCAAAAAGAGAGGAGCAAAGCUUACUUUGCACAAUGACUGUCGGCAUUCAGCUGGUUAGAAAAGUUAAUUUGGCUCAGACGUUGUACCUGUAUUUAUUGUUUUCAAAAGUGUUGAGUAUAUCAUGUCUCAAAGAUACAUGAAAGGGAAUGAUUAAAGCCAUAUUGUUAUUUAAAA